UAAUCCCUUGCUACGGGCGGGGGAAACACGCCUCCUAUCCCGUCUGAUCGGCCAGUCCCCAUCUCAUAUGUUGCACUUUACAAGAUGGCGGGAUCGGGCACAGAAAAGGACAGGAGCAUUACAGAUGACGAUCACCUGAACAAUUGGUUUGGAACCACUGGGCUCGGCUCUCCGGAUCGAGAGGACAUUGCACGGAUACUGACUGUGCCUUUCAGUGGCAGAAUCAAGGGAGGAAUGAGACCAGGGAAGAAAAUCAUUGUGAUGGGGAUUGUGGAUCCUGAACCUGAGAGUUUGGAUAUCAGCUUGACUUGUGGCAACUUAGAGGCGCCUCCUGCUGAUGUGGCCAUUUUGCUUACUGCCAGAUUUGCAGAGCGACAGUUUAUCAGAAAGGCCUGUGUCUCCGGAGAAUGGAGUGAUGAAGAAACUCCCAUCCCUUACUUCCCAUUCAUUCAGGACCAACCAUUUAGGGUCGAAAUUCAUUGUGAGCACCAGCGAUUCCGAAUAUUUGUGGAUGGGCAUCAGCUCUUUGACUUUUAUCACCGUGUUAACUCUUUGCCUUCCAUUGAUACAAUAAAGAUUAACGGCAGCGUGCAAAUUACAAAACUGGGCUAGGCUGAUCUCCAGAAGCCGAGGACACCUUGAUGUCUGCAAGUGACUUUGUGCACUCGCCAUAGUGCUAAAAUCCAAAUGGUGGGGUCCGCUUAUACUGCACUGCCAGCUGGCUUCCAAUAAGCUUUGUGUGUUGCGCUAUAAAACAAAUCAGUGGACAGACUUUAAUCAACAAAGUAAGUUGGCAUUUAGUUCUAAAGACAGCAUGCAGAUUAAUGCUGAAAACGACAACAAAAUUCUGUCUGUUGCAUAAGAUUUGAAAAGUGAUAAGAUGUUUUUAUGGGGAUGUCACAAUACGGUUCAACCAGUUUACUGGAAUGGCUGGGGUAACUCUUAGAAUUUUAUAAGAAUAUCAAAACUAUUUAUUCUUAUCUUUCUAAGCAUAAAAAUGCUCUCAGGAAAAAAAAAAACUUAUUUAUUUGUCUCAGUAGGUUUAAUAAUAAUAAUAAAAAUCUGAUUAUAAUUAUAAUCUAGUUAUAUGGUUAUAUGUUUUUAAAUAUGCUUAUUGGAUGAUCAUGACAAAUUUGAUUUUAAAAAUAUUGAAACCAAAACUAGAGCAGUACCCUGAGGUCAUUUUCACCUAGCAGUGUAAUCCAGAUCAUUAAGACGGAAUUUGCUAUGUGUCUUUGCAUUGAGCCUCUGGACAUACUUUAUAUUGUGAUGUCCCCAAUGAGAAGAUAGGGGCUACUGUUAAUCACCAGAGGGUGAUAACAUUAAUAACUGUUCAGACAUUUUAUUUCUCAACUAUUUGUAUGCACUGAAAUUUAACAGCACAAAACAAGUAAAAUAUAUUUUGGCUAGGGCUAUGUGUAGUAUGGAGAAUUUUUUGAUGGCUUCUUAGUGAGUGCGUGUAUGUAAACUGACUGGAGUAUUUGCAGUGUCCGUCUGCGAAAGUGCUUAAGUGUAACAUUUGUAACAGUAACAGUCAAUAGAUAAGACCUGAUCUGUAUUUGAAUGUACUCUGUAUUUUAGUGGUUAAAAAAAGGAAUGUUUGCCCAAAUCUGGUAUUUCAGAACAAGCAGUUCUGCAUUCAACCACUAUGUGGUGCCAGAUCACAAAUCAGUAAGCCUAAAAUGCACAAUGUUCAAAAAGUGAAAAUAUUUUAAAGACAUGCAGUUUGUUUUUGCUUUUUAACUUAGACAUAUUUUGCUUAAUUAAGUAGAAUUUGUCUCACUUAAAAAAUAACUAACUGAAAGUUAUUGUUUCAUCCUUCCCAAGAAUCUUAAAAUAGCAUUAAUGCAUCAUCUGUAAAUAUAGCACCAUUUUGCUUGAUGUCUGAAGACAAUCCAGUCAGAAACAAGGUGCCAUGAUUUCAUAAAUCAAAGAGGAUGAGGACAACUACAAAAAUAUGUAUGUGGAACACCACUACAGUAAAAAUACUAAAUAUAGCUAUGGACUAGAAAAAAAGAGGUAUAUUAACCAAGAAUGAGAACUGCCCACACUAGCACAUCAGUCCAUGAACAAAUGCAGCUCUUCAGAAUUCAAGUGAUUAGACUUCAUAAUAGGGAAGGAAAUAUGAAAUGUCUAGCAUUGUUGUUGCAUUUUUUGUAAUAAAUCAUACUGUUUUGGAAAUUGCAGGGUAUCUAUAGUGCAUGCAGCAUAAAAUAUGUCAUUUGAGCAGAACAGUCUAUUCUUUGUAGGUGAUGGAUAUUUUUUUAUCAGGACUGAAAAAUUGAUUUGUCCUCUACAUUUUGUAUAAAUGACUGCUUAGUAGUUGAGCAAUAAGCCUUAUUUUAGAGGCCUAUGGUAACAAAUUAUGUUCAAGAGUCAACGCUUCUGCAUUAUAGUUGAAUUUGUUCGUUCUCGGUUGUUUCAUUAUGCACAGAAAUGUUGAAAUGGUGCAGAUAUGAGCUGUUUUGAGAUCUAUGUGAUGAUAAACAUACGCAAAAUGGUAUAACAUUUCAAUCAUCAAAUAGGGUAACAUUUUUCACAGUACAGUAAAAUUGACUCUAAUCAUAUAAUACGUUAACACUGGCUGCAUCAUGCAUGUCUUCUCUGUUAUUUUAAAAUAAAGAAUGUCUUCAGAUGCUUAGUGGAAGGGAUUAGUGACCACAAACUAGUCAACCUCCAUGAUGAUGAGGUGCUGUUACAGGGAUGGAUUUAAGUUUAUCCCUCUCAUGAUUCCCAGAUAAAAAACUUUAACUUUGGGGGCACCAAAACAUUUUCCUGUUCCGCUAGAACAUUGUUUCCUAUAUUUUUGGUGCUCUGAAAACACUGAGUGCAAUUCCAGGGUGGAGGUAUCCACUGCUAAGACUAAGUUUCUCAACAUUGGUGCAGCUAAACCACACAGAAGCUAGUUUAAAGCUGACUUUAAAAGAAGCAUACAUUUGAAGUGAAUGAACACUAAGGAAAUGUUUUCCUCUCUUCUCUCUACUCCUGAGUGCUUUCCUUACUAUCACUAACUACUUCAUUAGUCAAGUAAAUGACAGCUGCUAGAUCAUGAUUACCAGCAAGUCUCUCAGAAUGUUAGAAUUAGUGUCAAGGAACUAAAUAAUAGCUAAUUAGCAAUAUACAAAGUCAUAAUGAGGACAAAUAUUUUGUGUAUAUCUCAAAUGUUGUGGAUUAAAUUUCUGGAAAUGUGAGUGAAAGGAAAAUAUUGUGUCUUUGUUGAUUUGUUUGCUGUUCCUGCCAAUGUGUGUCGUUGUUAGCAUGUUUCAUCUCACAAUACAUGGAAAUAAGCUUUCAGAAAUUAAUGUUAAUGUCAUGAGUCUGUACUUCAGUAUGACAGUCAAGGUAUAAAAAUGUAGGGCUAGAUGCCUGCCAAAAGCAAAUGGAAUAUCUAGAGCUGGGGUCUUCAGGUUCAGACCUUUAGAUUUUUGUUCCAUCACAAUUUUUAACUAGAAGUUAAUAACUGCUGCUGAAGUCAUUACUGAUCAAUCAAAUUUUUGUGCUUUAUUCUAAUUCAUAUCUUGCUCAUGAAGAUUCCCACUACUUAAUUGCAUCUUUUAGUCUUAAACACCGUUAUUAAUUGUUGUUUUUAAAUGACUUUUUUCUUAUUCAGCUGCCCAUUUACAAUAAGGUGCAAAUGACUAGGGCCCACGAUUUACCGGGGCAAGAAAUGGUAAAUUCCGCGGCAUGUUUAUUUAAAUUCCGCGGUGUACCGCAGCACGGCAAAUGCAGUACCAGAACUCCAUAAAACUAAUUCAUAACCCAAGCAAAAUAAAUGAAAUUUUUCUUAUUCUUAAUCCUUAAUAAUAAUCAAUCAUAAUUCGUAAUACUAAUUAAAUAGGUAUAUCAAAGCAUUCACAUCCACACAUUUUUAUCCACAGAUUUGCUUUAGUCAAACGAUGCUGAAACAUAUGUAGGCAUAGUAUUAUUCUCAACAAA